UCCCCCAUCCCUCAAAAAUCCCCAAAUCUUCCUCGCCCCAAAUCCACUCAAACCUCCGCUCCUCCGAGCAGCUCCCCCGUUCGUCGUCAUGUCGGGCCGCGGCAAGGGAGGCAAGGGCCUGGGCAAGGGCGGCGCCAAGCGCCACCGGAAGGUGCUGCGCGACAACAUCCAGGGCAUCACGAAGCCGGCGAUCCGGAGGCUGGCGAGGAGGGGCGGCGUGAAGCGCAUCUCCGGGCUGAUCUACGAGGAGACCCGCGGCGUGCUCAAGAUCUUCCUCGAGAACGUCAUCCGCGACGCCGUCACCUACACGGAGCACGCCCGCCGCAAGACCGUCACCGCCAUGGACGUCGUCUACGCGCUCAAGCGCCAGGGCCGCACCCUCUACGGAUUCGGCGGCUGAGCGUGGCUCCGUCCUCGUCCCUCCGCCCACGUGGGGAUAGCUAGGGUUCCUGAUGGAUUAGCUGAGUUUGUGACUUUUGUGUUGUCUGCACUGUGUUUAACUUGUUAGGUGUUUAUGGUUGUAUGGAGAUUGGAACCUUACCAAUUGAAGCAAUGGAUGUCUUAUUUAUCUGUGUUCUUCA